AUAAACAUAUUACCGAACAUUCUGAGAGAUAAACAUAUACAUUUCCUCUAAAUAGGUUGGUGAAAUUAUAUAAGGCCGGUAUUUGCACAUUCAUUCAUAGCCACUAACACGCAUAGCGUUUCAGGCAGGUCCUUAAUCUAACAUAUCAGAUGAAAAGGUACAUUGUAGCAAGGCUUUAUAUCAACAAAUAACUACAAUAUAAAUUGACAGAGGUGAUUACAGUGGUGACGAUAAAUGUCUUAAUAUUGGGGGAAGUAUGUAGUACAAGAUACAGUGUGAGUUUGAAGCACUAGAUAGGAAACUAUGAGGAUGAAACUAGGUUCUUUUUGGUUUUACUUUUGAAUAGGGGAAUAGGUUGGACAAUUUUUUUAAUUCAUCAGGGAGUGAGUUCCAAAGACUGGGUCCUUUUAUUUGCAUAAAGUGUUUGCACAGAUUUAGUGCUGGAAUAGAAACCAUAGCGAAGCUGGAAUAACACUUGAGAUAUAACGUGGUGCAACUCCCUCUGGUGACGGUGUAGCGGCGUCUUGUGCUGGGACUACACAGGGUGACCAGAGUCAGGGUGAUAGAGCAUUAUUUAAUACGUUUCUCUUUAGGUUGGAAAUCUCGUAUAGAGUAUUGGUUAGUCGCCGUUUUCUGUUGAUGUCGCGUAUCCUUUCGCUUCGUUUUCUUUGCACACAGACCUUGGUGAAAUUUAAACAUUAAUUCCUAAAAAAAUGGAGAUAUUUAAACACUAUUAUACAUGUUUGUAGCGAGAGAUUAUGAUAAUACCAUUUUGAAUAUAUUAUAAAAAUGAAUCGUUUUAGCUGGAGGAUUUAUUCCUAUAUUUGUCCUCGGCAAGAAGUACACUCAAGAGUAAACAGACGCCAGUCGUCGUGAGACCCUGGAGGAGGGAGGACGCGCGCACUCUUCUCUCUCUUGAAGGUGACAAGAAAAAAAAUCACAAAAUAAAUGGUUAAUUUUGUGUUGUGUGCAUGAAGAUAAGCUACUUGAAUUAUAGCAGCUUCUGGGUUAUACUUUUCUCAGUAUAGUGUCAUUAACACCUACCUCAUACAAAAGACAACAUUACUGAGCAGAUACUUUAUCAGGUCAGCAAAAGUUUUAGUAAAACUAGUAUGAAAGCACCAGCAUCAUCAUGAAAGUACUGAAAAUAUCAGUACAAAUAUAGCAGCAGCUGCAACACAUUUGCUGUAGCAAUAGGAACAAAUCAAGAAUAGAAGAGACAGACAGCAAGAGAUAGCCAAGAGCCAGCUGACAUUCAACAUGACAGAAUCAAAUGCCCUUAUCAAUGAUCUAGAUGAUCCUCUGUCCCAAUUUUGUGGCCAUCCAUUUUGGAACGUAAGUUUCUCUUGGGACUCACAUGACCCGGAACUGGGUACGUGUAUCGAGAGGACAUUGCUAAUAUGGGGACCGUGUCUUCUCCUCUGGGUGUGUGCCCCUGUAUACAUCUUCACACAGUUUCAAGGAAGCCAAACUGCUAUUCCCCGCUCAUGUUUAUUGUACUUCAAGCUAGUAUUGUCAGUAUUGGUGACAGCGGCAGCUGUUGCAGAGCUUGUAAACGCAGUGUCAAAGUCAUCUCAGGAAAAUGUUGUUUCAACCAAUGAUUUUGUCGCUCCUGUUAUUCUCAUGAGUUCUUAUAUAUUGCAAAUGAUAUUGGUAUUCCUGAGUCAUAAGUAUGGAGACAGAAGCAGCGGACUUGUGUGGCUGUUUUGGUUCCUGCAAGUCAUAUGUGGUGUCCCGCGCCUCAAGUCUACACUCUCAUCCACUGCCAGCCCCGAUGGGAACUUGGAUACAAUAACAUUCCUUGUACAGUACAUUGGUGGUGUUGUACUCUUAAUUGUGAACUGUUUUGCUGAUAAUCCUCCUGACUCAGAUGGACUCAGCAAGGUCUACCCAGAGCAGCAUGUGUCCUUCAUAAACAAAAUAACCUUCCACUGGGUGAGUGGCCUCGUGUGGUUGGGUUGGAAACGUUCCCUGACCCAUGAUGACCUUUGGGAAGUCCCUUCUCAUUGUACGACUAGUAAUCUGGAUGCUUUAUGGAGAGCAGCUUGGAGUAAUGAGCUCUCAGUAGCCAGACAAAAGGCAUCAUUAAAAAAACAACAUUCUCCAGCUGAUAUUGAAGAAAAGAAGCCAUGUUUGUCUGUUCUUCGAGUCAUUGUAAGAUCGAUCUUCUGGCCGUAUGUCUAUGCCUCAGUUAUGCACGUCUCUGCAGAAUUGGUUUUAUUUUUUACUCCGCGACUCCUAGGUUUGUUGAUCAGCUUUUCAAGCAAUGAGGAAGAGCCGGUGUGGCACGGUUACUUUUACGCAAUCUUGCUUCUCCUUGUCAGUUUCCUCACAACCAUCUUUAGAACCAUCUUUGCAUACAAUGCUUGGAUCAUUGGUGCAAAGGUCAGGUCGUCUUUAAUGGCUGCAGUAUACCGAAAGGCACUUACACUCUCAGUUGCUGCUAGACGAGAGUCAACUGUUGGUGAAAUUGUCAACCUGAUGGCUAUAGAUUCUCAGAAAAUAAGUGAUUUUCCCUUAUUUUCCAGCUUGUUUUGGUCAGGUCCCCUGAUCAUAAUAAUUGCUCUGUAUGAACUAUGGAAGAUAUUGGGACCUGCAGCACUCUCUGGCCUGGCUGUCUUGAUACUUCUCAUCCCCAUAAACAGUGUCAUUGCCAACAAUAUCAUAACCCUCCAGAGCUCUCAGAUGAAGUUCAAAGACAAGAGAAUCAAGAUGCUUAAUGAAAUCAUUAAUGGAAUAAAAGUACUGAAAUUGUAUGCUUGGGAGAACUCCUUCAAUAAUCAGGUAGAAGAUGUCAGAAAGGCAGAGAUUAAAGUUCUGAAGAAGUCGGCGUACCUUCAGUCAUUCGUGGUUUUCAUAUGGCUUACCACUCCGUACUUGGUUGCAUUAAUCUCAUUUAUCACAUUUCUGAUGUCAUCUGAGGAAAACGUGCUGGAUGCUAAGACAGCUUUUGUUUCAAUUGCACUCUUCAACCUUAUGCGCUUCCCAAUUAAUCAACUGCCACAAGUUAUUGCUGCAGGUAUUCGGGCAAGAGUCUCCUUACAGAGAAUACAGAAAUUCUUGACUUCAGCAGACAUGGAUCCUCAUGCAGUAUGCAGUGACAACCAACAAAAUGUAGCAGUUAUGGUCCACAAGGGAGAGUUCAGUUGGAACACUGAUGAUGGGAAAACUUCAUGGCGGCUGAAGAAUGUCGAGCUGGAAAUUCAACCUAAGCAGCUGGUAGCCGUUGUGGGGCCCGUAGGAGCUGGCAAGAGUUCUCUACUCUUUUCCCUACUUGGGGAGAUUGAUAAAGAUUCUGGUAAUGUUGUUGUAAAUGGCAAAGUGGCUUAUGUUUCUCAACAAGCUUGGUUACAAAAUGCAACGCUGAAGGAAAAUAUCACCUGGGGUCAACCAUUUGACGAGGAACGUUAUCGUAAAGUUGUGGACGCUUGUGCCCUUCAACAGGACUUGGACAUGCUGCCAGCUGGGGACAUGACAGAGAUAGGAGAAAAGGGAAUUAACCUCAGUGGUGGACAAAAACAACGGGUGUCUCUGGCCCGGGCAGCAUAUAGUGACGCAGAUAUCUUCUUGCUGGAUGACCCUCUCAGUGCCGUAGAUGCUCAUGUUGGACGUCAUAUAUUUGAUAAGCUCAUUGGUCCUGAGGGAAUGUUGAAGGACAAGACCAGGUUGUUGGUGACACAUGCAGUGUGGGUGCUGCCUCAGGUUGAUCUUGUGGUUGUGAUAAAAGAUGGAUGCUUAGUGGAAAAUGGCAGUUACAUGGAGCUGCUGAAGGGAGAUGGGGACUUUGCUCAAUUCUUGCUUCAACACAUAACUAAUCCUGAUAAUGGUCAUGAGGAUGACAGUGAUAUUGAUGAAAUAUGUGAACAGCUUGAAAAUGCUGCUGGUGGACAGAUCCUUAUAGAAAAGCUAUAUCAACAAGCCAAUAACACUGAGCUUCGAAGAUUUGGCAGUGCAGCUAAACGUCAACGAAACGGCAUCAGUGAAAGCAGGCACUCAAGAACAGAAAGUGGAGGAGAUCACAGUCAUAAACGGAAACAUCUACAGUCUAUUUCUUCUUCUGGAACUGGAAGUCUUUGUGACAUCUUUACUCAUGAAUCAAUAUCCAUGAAUGAAAUGGGAGGAAAAGUUGAUGAUGUUAGCAAAGAGAAAGCAGGAGAAACUUUGAUUCAAGAAGAAGCAUUAGAGACUGGCAAGGUAAAGAAGGAAGUGUAUUAUUUUUAUGCAGUAGCAAUGGGACUCUUGCCUGCUGUUCUUCCAACACUUCUGCUUGCUGUUGCCCAAGGUUGCCAGGCAAGCAGUAAUGUUUGGCUCUCCUAUUGGUCAGAAACCGCUGCCAAUUCCUCCAGCAACAGUACAGGUGAAGACUUCAGCCGUGUGGAGUUCUUGGCAGGCUAUGGUGCCCUUGGCUUUGGACAGUCUUUAUUUUACUACAUGGCAUCAGUUUUGCUAUGGAUAGGCUGCAUGAAGGCUGGGAAGGACAUUCACCAGAAACUCUUGAAUAGUGUACUACAUCUUCCCAUGAGCUUCUUUGACACUAAUCCUAGUGGACGUAUCAUGAACCGCCUCAGCAAGGAUAUAGAUGUCCUUGACAGUGUGUUACCUAUUCUGAUAACACACACCUUAGUUGUCUUAUCACAGGUCAUCGCAACACUGAUUGUGAUUGUGGCCUCAACACCAAUAAUUGUUGUUGUCAUUAUUCCCAUCAUGGGGUUGUAUUAUUUCAUCUUGAUUGUCUACAUUUCAACCACAAGGCAGCUCAAGCGGAUUGAAUCGGUUGCCAAAUCUCCCAUCUACUCGCAUUUUGGAGAGUGUGUUCAAGGUGCAUCAAUUAUUCGGGCAUUUAAAAAACAAGAUAAUUUCAUCCAUACAUCCCACAUGAAAACAGAUUAUUGUUUGCAAGCUUUCAUGGCCAACCUUGCAUGUAACAGGUGGUUAGGCAUACGUCUUGAGUUUAUUGGGAACAUCAUCAUCUUUGCUGCGGCCAUCUUUGUUGUAGCUGGUCGGGGCUCAGUGAGCUCGGGCAUUGUUGGUCUUACUUUAACCUAUGCUCUUAAUGUAACGGUAAUUCUCAACUUUUUGGUAAGGAUGAGCUCAGAAAUAGAAGCCAAUAUUGUGUCUGUCGAGAGAAUUAAGGGAUACAUUGAGGAGGAACAUGAAGCACCAUGGAACAUUGAGGUCUCUACUCCACCAAAGUCAUGGCCAGAGUGGGGCUGUCUCACUUUUACCAAUUACCAAACCCGAUACCGUCCCGGCCUAGACCUCGUACUCAAGGACAUCACCUGUACCAUCAACCCGGGAGAAAAGGUUGGCAUUGUGGGGAGAACUGGUGCUGGCAAGUCAUCUUUAACUCUUGCUCUGUUUAGAAUUAUCGAGGCCAAUGGCGGUACCAUCGACAUUGAUGGCAUCAAUAUAGCUAAAAUAGGACUCCAAGACUUGAGGCAAUGUCUCAGCAUUAUACCUCAGGACCCUGUUUUAUUUAGUGGAACAUUACGCAUUAAUUUGGAUCCUUUUGGCACCUAUAACGAUGCAGACGUGUGGCAUGCACUGGAGUUGGCUCAUCUUAGCUCCUUUGUUCGUGCUCAAGAUCUUGGUCUUCAGACCAACAUUGAUGAAGGUGGCUCAAACCUCAGCGUUGGCCAACGACAACUUGUUAGCUUAGCUCGGGCUCUGCUCCGUAAGUCUCGUAUUCUGGUGUUAGAUGAAGCAACGGCAGCUAUCGACCUGGAGACUGAUGAUCUGAUUCAGACCACUAUCCGAUCUGAGUUUGCUGACUGCACAGUGCUCACAAUUGCCCAUCGUCUCAACACCAUUAUGGAUUGUGACAGAGUGAUGGUGAUGGACAAGGGCAAGAUAGCAGAAUUUAACACGCCAGCUGCACUACUGGCUAGCAGAGAUUCCAUCUUCUAUGGGAUGGCAAAAGAUGCUGGUCUUGUAUAGAUACUCGUGUGCAUUUAAUAUAUCAUUAUACAGUAAAUGUAUUUAACAAAUUGGUAUAGCAUUGUUUUCAAAUAUAGAAAAUGUGUUACCAACAGAUAAUUUGCUGUCUACUGUGAACUAAUAAUAAGCAUUAACCAGAAAGUUUCAUGAACUGGCUUCUUAAGAGAUUCAAUAGGAAUAUUUUAAACAAUACAGUACAUGAAUAAUUGUGAUAAAUUACUCAUUUUACCACUUUUUUUUCUAAUUAAACUAAAUUAAAUUUGUUGAGACUGGAAACAAAAAACCUGUUGGGGUACAAAGUAAAAAAAAAAAAAAAAACUGAACGAAUUAAAACUUCUCUGACUGGAGGAGCCUCGGUGGCUCCCUGAAGUUAUCUUGCUGAGAUUGCUCCAUACUAAACGUUAUAAGUCACAGAAGUUCUGUUUGAUGUACCAGGCACCAGAGUCAAAACCUGGCACCCUUCACAGAGGUGCCGGGAGCCAGCAACAAUCCAACACCCUACCAGAAAAAGCCUUCAAAACUUCAGGGAAGUUUUACAGACAACUGGGGGUUCCCAGAAAAUGAUGCCUCAAAACCACUUAACAACUCUGCAAAUGAUUCACACAAACACGUAAUUCACUCUAACUAGCUUGAAACAUUUUAGUACAGGACUCCUCCUGAACGAAGAGUUUCAUUACAAUCAAUGCUGGGUUUCUGGAGGGAGCCACCCCCUCCCUUCCAUCCUCCCUGGUGGCAUCCUAAAGCUAACCGCAGAGAAACAAAAACGGGACUUAGCAGAAAGGAGAGGUGGCAGGCACUAGAACGAAGAGGAUAACCAAGUCCACAAGACACAGCCAAAUGUUGCACACGACCGACUGGGACCAGGAACACUGACCAAAUGUUGGGUCGCUAGAAUGCCAAAGUCCUCGAGCCCAAAUAUUAGUCCAGGAUAUGUUGGAGAAGACAGCGGCCAAAACUGUAUGUACUGUAUUUGUGAACAUCAUGGGCUCAAGGGUAGACCGCUGGGUGGCUAGACUUAGAUGACCUGAGAAAUGCAAGCCUUAAAAUAGGGAAUCAAGGAAACAGGGUCAACAAACAAGCAUGCAGCUCUGGCUGAACCAAGCAUCAAUCAUUAAAGAACCCCUCUGGAAGCGUGCUAACUCAUUCAUCAGAAAAGAAGGUGGUGGCAGACUACCCACCUACUAGAGCUAAAGGAUCAAAGCCCUCCCCCUCCUCCUGAGAAGAGCCUAAAGCUCCACAACCCAACAAUUGGAAGUGAUACCCAUCAAAAAGACAAUUUUUGACAGACAGCCUUAAGAAAGAUAUCAUGAGCCAAAAUUAAAACCAUAAACCGAAAUGAGGAGGAGCAUGAACAGGCCUGAAGUAAAAAAAAAAUAUAUAUACGAGACAACCUGUGAAAUGGUGCCAUGGAGGUGUUGACACCAAAUGCAAGUAACAGAGGCUCUGCCAAUGCCAAACGAAAAGAGGUAACAUUAUUAGUGAAUCGGAUACCGUGCAAGAAACAAGCACGACAAAAAGGACAGGUCAGACCAGAUCGAAACCAAAAAGACGACAAAUUGACAAGAAGUGGAGAAAUGAGCGCCAAGCAUCUUCAUGCUGUUGCUGUGAGGAAAGACACGGGUAAGACACCAACAAACUAGCAACCAUUUUUGCCAUACAAAUGGUAAUAGACAUGUGUCAAACACCAAAUGCAAAGAGCAGAGGAUGAGUUCAAACCAACAAAGUAUACUAACAAGUCAAUCUGCUCUAAAAAAGACAGCCACCGGGUUUCGGAUCAAGCUAGGAGCACCAGACGCCAAGACUAGCCUGGCUACCUAGCCAGAAGGAUCACCCUCCUUGAGUAUGAUUCCAGACUGGACAGCAUCUCGAGGACCCACCAAGGAAAAAGGUAAGGGAACCUCUGCCUCAACCAGUCCAGUCGAAAGGCAUCCACCGCGAGAGCCUUGCGAUUGGGAAAAGGAGCUAAGUAAGAGGUAAGGUGUUGGUUCCAUGCCAAUGUGAAGAGGUCCACCUUGGGACAACUUAACAUCUCGCAUCCAGUAGUAGGAAAUAUCAUCAACAGUCUACUCUGUGGAAAUGGGACGGAAGAUGGGAUAACCCAUCUGUGAAAAUGUUGGACACAGCCUGCAUGUGAACUGCUGGGCAAAUCAAACCCCGCCUGUUGAGCUGGACGUUUUGGGUAGCUGAGCUACCCAAAGUGUAGAAGAUUGGCCUUUUCUUUCUGAAAUUCAGCCUUAUCCUGGUAAUGUAAUCCCAUGUAACCACAAUGUGGGUAAAUGCUCCCCAACCAUCUCAGUUUUCUCAGUAUAUUUAGCCUUUUCUUCUAUGUUAUAAUAUCUUCUUUUCCUCCCUACCUGAUUCAGCCUGACUAGUACUGCUAGUAGAUACUGUAUAUUUAUUUUCAAUUAAUUAAAUAUCCUUAGAAAAGGUUUAUCCAGUAAGAAAUUCUUACCACCAGAUCAAGGUUCAUUUUAAUUGUGGUCUAUAAGAAUAUAGGCUCCACUGACAUUGUACUAAAAUACUAUGCAGUGCUCCAUCAAAAAUCCAGAUGUUCAUUUAACAGAUCUCUCAAAAGGUCAAAAUCCUGCCACUGGACCCACCAAAUUUUGUAUUUCUCUCAAGAUUUUUCAUAUAAAAUCUUGAUCCAAAGAAAGUUUUGAUCAUGGUAAAGUUGAUGGGCCUAUUUCAGCUUCAACAUCCAGGGAGGGGGGGGAGGUCGUGGCCCUAUCUUUGAAAAAUAAGCUUUAGGGGCUGAAAGGGCACCUGGGGAAUAAUGGAGAUGAGUAUGAGAUCUCAACAGUUAGGUUCUACUGGGAGAUUUUCAUCAUGUGAUACAUUGAAAUAAAAAUUCCACUUAAUGAAAUUUGCACAGAUCCUGGGGGAAAAUUGGGGAAUGAAUGGGAAUUCCUAAAAUACUGUACUACAUUGCUUGUUUUUAAAUAUUUAUAUAGAAGAGCAAAAUAUAAAUAGUUGGUGCCAUAAUUAAAACAAAAUUCAGCGAUUUGUUUUCAUUUCGAGUUCAACAUGAAAAAUAUGGAAAUUCGGUAAUAGCCACAAAACCAGUGUUGAAUGUAAUGAAAUGCCAUUUUCUGGGUGAGCCCCGGAGGCUUCCUUGAGCUUAUUGGGCUAAUGUGUGUUAUAUUAGACCGGGACAUUAGCUAUGGAGUUCAGACCUACC